AUGCUUGGCCGACUAUCAACUCGAAUGCUGCCACUUCUGGCUGUUAAUGUUAUCAAGAAAAAGGACAUGGAAGUUGAAGUGCAUCCUUACUAUAAUCUCACAGUAAAAAUCCUCAGAGCCAGAAACAUCCAUGGCCUAGAUUUAUUGUCUAAAUCAGAUUGCUAUGUGGCCUUGAAACUUCCUACGGCAUCUCCAUUGAUAAAAAGAACUCCAGUUAUCUAUAACAGCAGUGAUCCUGAAUGGAAUGAAACUUUCCAAUAUCGAAUCCAUAGUGCUAUAAAGAAUAUUCUGGAGUUAUCAUUCUACAACAGAGGCAUUUUGCUGAGCAGUCUGAACAGUUACGAUACUUCAGUUGCUUUUGACCUAGGCAAUAUUGCCCCAGGGCAGAAUCUGACACAUACAUUUGUGCUAAAUUCUGAGGUGAGACUUGUAACAGGGGACAAUUGCCAAAUUAACUUAUCAGUACCAGGGUCCUUUGAAAAUCAGUUAACAAUGUUCUGUGGAAUAAAUUUAGAAGAGAACGAGAAGAUCCCGUUUAUCUUUCAUGUGAACAAAGAAGUGUCUUCUCACCUGAACCUAGAGUUGUUACAAACCACAGCAGUGCUAGAGGAGGGAUGGAGUGAGGAUUUACAGGUGAAGGCCUCAGUGGUUGGGAAUGGAAUUAUUCCAGUGUCAGAACUCCCUCUUGGAAAGGAAGUUGAACUGACUGUACCUCUAGGAAAGGAUCAAGCUAUGGAUCUGACUGUGAAAAUUGAAGAAAGGAACCACCCCAUUGAUAUGGAUGUACGUCUUGGCUUUAAACUUUCUAAGGGAGAGCGAGACUUUUUGGCAAGGAGGAAGAACAUUAUUUCUCGUGCUUUAAAGAAGGUACUAAAGCUGAAUGUGGCACCCUGGAAAGAAGAGCUCCCUAUAGUGGCUGUGUUAGCUUCUGGAGGAGGGAUGAGAGCAAUGACCAGUUGCUAUGGCAACCUGUCUGGGCUACAACAGCUUGGCCUCUUAGAUAUCCUCACAUAUUUUGGUGGCAUCUCAGGGUCUACGUGGUGUAUGUCUAUGCUCUACAAAGAUGCUUACUGGUCCCAAAAAAAUCUCCAGAAUGCAAUUGACAAUGCUCAGAAAAUUGUGACAAGUGGAAAAGUUGGGGCAUUUUCUGCUGAACAACUGGCAUAUUACUUUCAGGAGUUAAUUGCCUUGGAAAAAGCAGGAAGGAAAGUCACUCUUGUGGAUUUAUGGGGCCUUAUCAUAGAGUAUAUCCUAAACAACAAGAAGGACCCAACGAAGCUCUCUGACCAACAGGAAGCAGUCAUAAGGGGACAAAAUCCCUAUCCUAUUUAUGCAGCUCAAAAUGUGAGGGUGAAUAUUAAAACCAGUGAAUUUACAGAAUGGGUUGAAUAUACACCAUAUGAAUUUGGUAUUCAUAAAUAUGGGGCUUUUAUACGCAUGGAAGACUAUGGCAGUAAAUAUUUCAUGGGAUUAUUGCUUGAGAAACAUGAGGAGCCCAGAAUCUGUUUCCUCCAAGGAGUUUGGGCCAGUGCCUUUGCUGGCAAUAUAGACGACAUGUGGGAAGAUGUAGAGAUUUCUCAUCUGAAAUUCACAGAAUCUGUGAAAGAUGCCAUCAGAAUUGUAGAUGAACUAUUGGGUUCUCAGUCUCUUGACCCUUCAUUGAAACAGUCUCAAGGUAUCAUGCCAGGAGGAGUCUUUACACAUUUAUUUAGCAAUUUAGUUAAAUCACGUAUCACCACAGGGGAAAAUUUUAACUUCCUUCAUGGACUGCAUCUUCAUAGAAACUACGUGAAUGAUCAAGAAUUUGUAGCAUGGAAAGGGACACAUCUGGAUGCUGUACCCAAUCAACUGACACCUGAAGAAAGCAGUCUGCACCUGGUGGAUGGGGGGUUUGCUAUCAAUUCCCCCUUUCCAUUGGUACUUCAGCCAGAGAGAGAUGUGGAUGUGAUCUUCUCAUUCAAUUAUUCUUGGCAAGCUCCCUUUGAGGUCUUGCAUCAAGCUCAGAGAUACUGUGAAGAAAGAGGCAUUCCUUUUCCACACAUUGCUGUGACUGAUAGCGAUAAAGAGCAACCAAAGGAGUGUUACAUGUUUUUGAAUGCUGCAGACCCCAGGGCCCCCAUUAUUCUUCAUUUCCCCUUGGUGAAUAAAACAUUUAAAAAAUACAAAGCACCGGGAAUAAAACGCGAGACUGAAGAGGAAAAAUCCUUUGGUGACUUCCAGAUAUAUACAGAAGAUAGUCCUUAUAGUUCCACGAACCUCACCUACCAACCAAUACAAUUUGAUAGAUUACUGCAACUGAACUGUUACAAUAUUAUCAAUAAUAAGGAUACCAUUUUAAAAGCUCUCACUAUGGCCAUGAACAGAAGGAAGUUCAAGAAAAAGAGAAAAUGA